AACCAGGUACACAAUGUGAAGCAGAAUUCUCGUUGUCGCCCCUGCACUUUUUUGGGUCACAGAGGAGAGGCAUUUGCUGGCAGCUCUGGCCCGGCACACACAUAGAGAGCCGCACCCUCGCGCGACUGCACAGGAGAGAAAAAGAGAGCGAGAGAGAUUCAUGCCGCUUUCCGAGCGCUGCGUGGCCAGGAGUUGACUCCGGCCCAAGCGUAGCCACGUCGUACACACAAUGGUAUCACGCGGCUCUGCCAGACGGAGCUCGAGUCCUCGUUACCCUUUCCCGUUACCAGAUCUAGAAAUGCGUGAGCAGUUUCGGCCUCAUUCGACCGAGUUGUAAAGUUCGCUGUCGGAAGAUGUACGGGGCCGCGCAUGGCGACUAGACCGCUUGAAGGUGCAGCUUGCCUGCGCGUUCGAUUCAUUCGCUUGUCGGCCGAAGAUUUCAGAUGGGUUUAUAUUAGCUUCGCUUGUGAUGGACCGCAUCGUUUCCUUGACUACCCAGGUUGGAUUGCGUUUCUCUUCGAAGUUGCGCUGGAUUCGUGUGUGCGGAGGUUGGCGAGUGCAGUCCCUGGGCGAGCUUGUGAGAGUGGAUUGGGCAAAGAAAUCAAAACCCGCCAGGCCAGCAACUUGGUCUCAUCCCAUGAACUGCUUCAGAAUGUGGACACUUGAAUCUCCUGUGAAAUGUGUUGAGAUUUUCGACUAUACGCACAACCCGACCUUGGCGGAUUAUCUCAGGAGAGAAGAAUUGUCAAAUAUAAGGGUCUGCAUAGACAUUCCGAACGGAGUUCCGGGAACAAAAGACUGGGAGGGCCUUCGAAGAGAAUUUGCUGGAAGUAAUUGGAGUGAGCCUCUUCUCGCAACUUGCGAUAUUCCUGUAACGGACAGAUUCAUGAUGAGGUUGAGAUGUUUCGAGUCUCGUUUGAGUGGAGAGGAACUAAUUGAGACUUUUCAUGUCCUGCAGCCCUGAAAAUAAUGGGUAACACGCUUUCUGUAUGUGGCUGUCCGCCAACGAAUGGUGACGAUCACAGAAGAGAAAUCGAAGCAAGGGUGGCCAAACAUCGGAGGUCAAGUUCAGCGUGAAAGCUGCUGCUAUCAUCAGUUGCGACACAGUGCGACGACGCGAUCAACGCAUUUUUAACCACCGGUAGAUGUCGAAGUAGUAGGAAUGUCGCGUGUACGCCGUUCACUACUAGACUAUGAUGCAGAUCACGUGGAACAGAUUCAUAGACAGUUUUCAAGAAUCUUGCUUACUGCCAUGGUUAAGUAUGGUGUGAUGAAUUCCAUGGAGAAUACAUGAUCGUGGAUGGGUUGGAGCAUGAACGUCACACUCCUAGCUCAUACAACAGGGGCACCCACUUCAUGUUCAUGUCCGCAAGAUGCACACAGUUGUAAAAUAUGAUGGAACUGAUUCGGUUGGACUCUGGGGGCUUGACGAGCCCAAAGCUUGGCUACUUGGACUCAAGAACUCGGAGUAAGACAGUUGGUGCCACCUCCAUAACAUAAAUCCAUCAUAAUUAGAUUGAUUUGUGAUGUUUUUUUGUGUUUUUUUGCCGAAACAGAAGGGGGUGUAGGAAACUUCUCUGCACAUGUGUAGUAUACUAGUAGAAUAUGCAGAUAUAUAUAGCUGUGUAUAAUGAUUCAAAUAGAUAUAAGCUUAUGUCGGAAUCUUCAUGUAUGCUGAGUUAAGAUUAACAAAUAAAGAAAUUUUUAAAUUUUC